AGGGCUCGGGUCCGCCUGACGUCACAGGGCCCCGGCCCGCCCUCGCGUCGCCAUGGAGACCGCACCACAGCGGGGCGCUGGAGCCGAGCGGGGCAGGGCCCGGCCGGAGCCUGUGGGGUGGCUGGCUGGGAGCUGAGCCAUGCUGACAGAGCCGGACUGUCCAAGAGGCUGCGCAGAGAGCAACGCGCCCCAUGGAUUCCCAGGUGCUGACGGCGAGGGGGAUGCUGGCACGGAGAAGGCAGCUCUGCUCCCUGCCCGCCGCAAGGGCCCUGCUGCCCCUGGCCCCAGGAGGCAGCGGCAGGAAGGGCUCACAGCCCCUCCGAGCGAGGGGCGCACCCGGCGCAGCAGCGGCUGCUACCCUCUCAACCCAGAGCGCCUCAAGCAGGCCAGGCUGCACGUGGAGAGAGCCGUCAAGCAAAGGAAGAUCUUCAUGCUACAUGGCCCGUACCCCGUGAUCCGGAGCCUGCUGCGUGGCCGGGGCUGGGUGGAGAAGAAGGCCCCCAAGGUGGCAUGCCGACGGGAACGAGCACCCGACGGCGAGGAGGAUGGGGAGGGGGACGACAGCGACGGCGCCGAGGAGGACGAGGAGGACGAGGAAGAGGAGGAACAGGAUGAUGACCCUGAUGGCACCUACGACCUCAUGUCACGGCUGGUUCGCAACCAGACGCCCUAUUUUAUCUGGACAAACCGGCGAGACGCCAUCGACUGCCGCUUCCUGCGCAAGGAGCAGGUGAUGAACCACUAUGCCAAGGCGGGCUCCUUCACCACCAAGGUGGGGCUGUGUCUGAACCUGCGGAACCUGCCUUGGUUUGACCAGGCCGAUGCUGACACCUUCUUCCCCCGCUGCUACCGGCUGGGUGCCGAGGAUGAGAAGCACGCCUUCAUCGCACUCCCCAUGGCCCUGCCUCGCUCUGGGGCCUGGCCACCAGCGGUGGUGACGCCAUCUCUUACAGAGGAUUUCUGGCUCACCGCCGCCCGGAGCAUCCUCAAAGUGGUGGUGAAAAGGUACUGGAGCUCACCUGCCUGGGGGGCUGGGGCGGCGGUGGCUUCCAGCGCACAGGGACCUGUGAAGGCCGGCGAGUCCGCAGAGUCCCCAAGAGGGACUGGCGGGAAGAAGGGCAGCCCCCUGCCACCGCAGCUCAUCGAAACGGCCCUGCAGGCCUGCGAGGAGCACCUGAGCAGCCUGAGGCACCAGGAUAUCGACAGGGAGCCCGAGUCCCCUCUGUGCAUGACAGGGGCACGCUGGGGGGACUUCCUGCGCGCCUACUACCAGGUGGUUCACGAAGAGGCACUGCUGGACCAGCUGGUCUCCUAUGUCGAAGAGUGCGAGCACUACCUGCAGCGCCUGGCCGAGGUGCUCCCACAGCUAGAGAUGGAGGGGGACCGCAACAUCUGGAUUGUGAAGCCGGGAGCCAAGUCACGGGGCAGAGGAAUCAUCUGCAUGGACCGCCUGGAGGAGAUGCUGAAGCUGGUGGAUUGCGACCCCAUGAUCAUGAAGGACGGCAAGUGGGUGGUGCAGAAAUACAUCGAGAGACCCCUGCUCAUCCACGGCACCAAGUUCGACCUGCGGCAGUGGUUCCUGGUGACGGACUGGAACCCGCUCACCAUCUGGUUCUACCGAGACAGCUACCUCCGCUUCUGCACACAGCCCUUCUCCCUGCACAACCUGGACACCUCCAUCCACCUGUGCAAUAACUCCAUCCAGAGGCACUACGAGAACUCGCUGAGCCGCCACCCCCAGCUUCCCCCUGACAACAUGUGGUCAUCACAGCAGUUCCAGGCCCAUCUGCAGCAGGUGGGGACGGCAGGUGCCUGGCAGGAGGUGAUCGUCCCGGGCAUGAAGGCAGCCAUCAUCCACGCCAUGCAGACCUCCCAGGACGUGGUGGAGUUCCGCAAGAGCAGCUUCGAGCUGUACGGGGCAGACUUCAUGUUCGGGGAGAAUUGCCAGCCCUGGCUGAUCGAGAUCAAUGCCAGCCCCACCAUGGCGGCCUCCACGGCCGUGACCAGCCAGCUGUGUGCCAGCGUGCAGGAGGACACGCUCCGCGUGGUCAUUGACCGUAAGCACGACCGCAGCUGCCACACAGGGGCCUUCGAGCUCAUCUACAAGCAGGGAAGCCCCGUGUGCCGGAGCACCAGUGGGAACAUGCCCAGGCUGCGCUGCGGGAGAGGCCCCCAGCCCCUCCUACCGGGCCUGGCCAGCAGCGUGCCAGGGGCUGGCUGCGCCGGGCCCCGCACCCAGCCUCUGCCCCUGAGCUCGGGGCCUUGCACACGGACGUGGGCAGGAGAAGGAAGCAGAAGAGAGACAGGAUGUGCAGGUGAUGGAGGGAGCUGCCCCUGGGGCUGCUGGCAGCAGCGAGGGAGUCAUGCCAGGGGCUGGUGCCCUCCAAUAAAGGGCUCAAGAGAAGGAGCUGGAGUUUGUGAUGUGGGCAGGAAACGCAACCUGGGGCUGCCUUCACCCAGGGGGCGGCUGGCAGGGCCAGGGCCUGGGGCAGGGGGCUCUGGGGCUGGUUGCAGGCAGAACAGGUCCCACAUCUCAGAUGAGCCCCAGCCCAAGGGGCAGCCCCCCUUUCCCCUCACCUUUAGCACACAGGAUUGCUGCUUGGCUCCUCUGGCCUCUCUCUCCUUCCCACACCUGCCCAGCUCUGCAGCUGAAAUGGGAAUGGGGGCGGGGGGGGAGUGGGUUGAGUGCUGCCCUGUGCUGGGGGGUGGCAGCAGAGCUGGACACCCCCCAGGGAUGGGAGGGGGAGCUGGGCACCACCCUGGGCCAGGGUAUGGCAUGGAGCUGGGCACCACUGGGGGGGGGAAGGUGGCUACUGCCCUUGGGGGGUGGUGAGGGGCAAAGAGCUGGGCACCACCCUGGGGGGGUUAAGGGGGGCAUGGAGCUAGCCACCACCCUGGCAGAGGCCGUGAAGAGGCCCUGAGGCAGCAGGCUUCAGGGCGUGGGGUAGGGAGCGAGGCCUGUGGCCCAGCUGAAUAGGGCCAUGCCCUGGGGAGGGACAGACCAGACCCAGCCAAUGCUCCCCAGAUUGGGCCUUGCCCUGCCUAUUUCUCUUUCCUUCCCAGGCCCUGCAGAGACAGGCAAGCUCCCAGGCCUCUGCUGCCCUGCCGGAAACCCAUGGGCUGGUUUGCACCUGCUCAGCAGCUGGCCCCACCCUGGCAGCAAGGCAGCCACCUCCAGCAGUGAGCCCCGAGUGCUUGGGGCACGGCCCUCUGCCCUGCGCACCUGCCCGUGCCUGCAGUCACCCUCCCGAUGGACUGGCCUCAGCUGGGGCCCCACAGCAGCAAGGGGUGCAGUGGGUUGCCCCAUUCUGCUGGACUCCGCCAGUGAAGCCAUCCUGUAGGGGGCUGGGCGCAAAUCUGAGGACACCUGGCACUGCGGGCAAAGGCAGAGGAGCCCACCAGGGACCCCACCCAGAAAGCAGAGAGGGGGAAAGGCACCAGCUGGGGCAGGCGGCAGAGCAGGGCAGAGAAUGGUCACAGCAGCUGGUGCUUUGGCUGCAGCGCCCAGGGCUGCGACUGAGAAGCAGGGUGAGGGUAGGAUCAGCUCCUGGUCAUGCCCUGAGACCACAGGCCACAAGUGGCCAGAGGGUCUGGAACUAGGAGUGCAGGGGUUUGACGUGGUUUCCAUCAUAUCCAGGGUUUGCAGUUUGGCUCCAUGGCUCAGUCCCCCCGUGCACAUUGCUCCAGUGCCCCUGCAAGCAGCCAGCCUUGGCACUGUUGCGCAGGGGGGACGGUGCAGACAGGCCAGGACCUGCCCCCUGCUCUCUUCACCACAAGCUGCCCCCUAAGGAAGGCAGGGCCUGCCCCCCAGCCCAAUGGGCAAACCCUUGUUUUCACUGCAUUGGGACCAGCUGUGGGCUGGGCUCUCCGCCCCAGUGCUGGAUUGGAUGGUUUCACAGCACCGCAGCAGGGCGGGGGACACAGAGCAGGGGACCGUCUCACACAACCUGAGCGCACCCAAGGCUGCUCUGGGGGGCCAUCCUGCCAGACCCUGUGCAUUCAGCUUCCCUUUGUCUCAGUGGGGUGCAGCGCCCUGACUUCACCGGCACAGACUCUGCCUGUUACCCCAGGGCCCAGCUACCCAAGGCCCCCAGACCAGGGCUGAGCCCCCAGACUGCCCAGUGGGCACUCUGGGAUGCAGCUGACCUCUUCAGGGGCACUCCUAGUGAAAGCAGCCAGACAAGGGUUCUAAACCGGUCACUCUUAGUUACAGCCAGACAAAAUAAAACCCUGCACAGAGCCCCCUGGCUCAGUUCCUCACCCUUCUGAAUGGCCAAGAUCUCCCCCUGCAGCUCAUGCCUGCUGUGAAUCAUGGGAGUGCCACUCUCCACCGGCUGGGCCUACAGGCAGAAAUGGCCCUAUGCUACCCCCAUGUCCCUUUGGCCCUACUCUGGAAGCAGGGUUCCCAACCCCCCAGCAUGGGCCUGGAAUCUCCAAGAAUUAAAGAUUAAGCUUUAA